ACGCGGCAUUCUCUUCUAUAACAUGCAAUAGUACACCGUAUAAUUCAAACCAAGUCAUGUCGCUUCUCUAUCAUGAAAAGCAGGUUGCUGCCCUCUGCGGAGUUCACACGCUAAACACGCUGCUACAGGGGCCCUACUUCUCAGAAAUAGAUCUGGCGCAGAUAGCACACGGCUUGGAUGCUCUCGAGCGCGAGCUGCUUGGAGAUGCGAUGGGCGGCGAGGCCUCGGGUAAUGUGGCCAUGGAUGGAAUGUUCUCCAUCCAGGUGCUGAGCCGGGCGCUGGAGUCGUGGGGCCUGACCGUGAUGUCUCUGGAGAGCGAGGAGGCGCGCGACCUCAAGGCGGCGCCCACAAGCGCCGAGGCCUUCAUCUGCAACCUGCAGGAGCACUGGUUCACACUGCGGCGGGUGGCGGACGGCGAGUGGUGGAACUUCAACUCGCUCUUCCCUGCGCCCCAGCCGCUGUCCACCUUCUACCUCACCGCUUUCCUGGACACACUGCGCGGCGAGGGCUGGACCAUCUUCGUGAUCCGUGGCAAGCUGCCCGCCACGCAGCCGGGUGGCCUAGAGACGCUGCCCAACGCCGGCAAGUGGUGGACCUCCGAGGACGCGCGAGCGGCCACGGACGAGGCUGAGCGGGCUCGCAAGCGCGGCCGGGUAACCAACGCGCUGGAGACCGCGCUGGCACGGGCAGGCGAGCAGGGCGGCAGCCUGCAGCUGCGGACACGGGGGACGCCAGCUGCGGCUGCUGCCGGUGGUGACGACGACGAAGACGCUGACCUGGCGGCUGCUAUUGCGGCCAGCUUGCAACAAGGCGGCGCCGCAGCGGGGCCAGGGCCGGGCUCGCAGGCGCUGGCGGUUGGAGGCGGGCCAGCCGCGUCAGGGCUGGGGACGGCGGCGGGGGAUGCAGCACUUGAACAGGAGCACGGGCCCGGUCUUGGCGAGUUUGAGGAUGAGGACCCGGAGCUCGCUAUGGCCAUCGCAGCAAGCCUUGCUGACCAACCGGGGCCGGCAGGGGCAGGGGCGGAGCCGAGCUCGGCGGCAGCGGGCGGCGGGCCGGGUGCGGCCGCGGCGGCGAGCGGGAGCGGGCAGGCUGCACCGGAGCCGGAGGUGCCGGAGGUGGAGCUGCAGCCGGAGCCGGAGGAGGGUGCGGAGGGAGCCAUCGAGCUUGCAUUCAGGCUGCCAAGCGGUGGCCGCUGCAGCCGGCGCUUCCUGACCUCGCAGCCGGCGGCCUGUUUGGCAGCCUACCUGGCGCCGCAGCUGGGCGUGACGCCAGGCCGCGUGGCGGUGGCGACCCAGUUUCCCCGCAAGGAGCUGCCACUGCGUGCAGACGCUCCUCUGUCGGAGCUGGGGCUUACGCACCGCACCAUGCUGCUGGCGGAGGCGCGCAAGUAGCAGGGAGUAAAGGCAAGAAGCUCGGUAGACAGCUGUGCGGUGUCGUGCAUCUGAUUGCACCCUGUGGUUGUGCAUGUGGUGUAGUUGCGUGCGCCCAGGAGACACAGGUUUGUAGGCAACGUGGCCCGAUAUUUAGCGGUAAGCAGGUGUAAGCGGCUUGCUAAUAGCUAGCCUGUGCUGCAUUGGAUGUAGCUGGAUGGCACGAGGACAAAGCAGACCAAUGCAGGAAUCAUGCUGCAGCCUUCAGUCUUCGCAGGCAAUACCCUGGAAGAUGGGAAUGCAUCCUCAUUUUGUGAUAAGCGCUGAGAGCCACCCCAAAGUAACAGCUUACCAAGCGCGAGUGCCAUGCUCGGAGUGUCCAGGGUGUCCAAUAGUCUCAGCUUGGGUCGUGACGGGGCUUGUGGCUGCGGGCCAUGGACGACGAUGCGCUGGAUCCGGCGUCGGUGACGCCGCGAGCACAGCAGAGCAAUGCAUAAGUAUCAUGGCGGUUGUCAAGGUCGGAGCGCAGUCGGUUGAGGGAACGGCCGCUGGGGGGGGGGGGGGAGGGUCGGAGACGGCGACUGGGUCGCGACUAUCCAGCUUCGUGCAGCUCCAGCCGCGUAAAGGAACGUGCCCCGGGCUUGUUUGCAACAGAUUACAUUACCAUUC